UCAUCCAUGUUUUACAGACGUUACACACAGAUAAGUAAACAUGAACGGGGUAUUGCGUUGUGUAGCCUCAUUUCUUCUACUUUUCGUAGCAUGUUGUGUGGAGGCGAGUCCCGCACCUACGUCAGACGCCGCCCAAUGUUCUCUGACCAUCUGGAGCCAAAAUACGUUCGACAACGUAACAAAGACAAAAAUAAACGUUCGAGAAGGAGAUACGGUCUCGCUCUCCUGUGAGUACCGUUGUCCAGGGGCCGAAGAGAACCCGCCCCCCAUAGAAUGGUUAGGACCUAGAUACACCAGGAUAAGGUCAGAAAAGGGCAGGAUAUAUGUGGACCCUGGAGUGAGUCCAUGGAUAAAAUUACUGCACGUCCAGUCGGCUAGUGCCGAUAAUAUCGGAGUCUACACUUGUCACGUGAGGGGAAGUCAAUCCGUGCACGUGGACCUUGACUUAGAGGUGCAGGCCGAGGAAUUCACUAACCUAGAUCUAACCAGAGGGGAAGCUAGACCAUUCGGUGAUAGGUUUUACAAGUAGUUCCCACGUCGUAUCGUUAUAUAUAUAUAUAUAUAUAUAUAUAUAUAUAUAUAUAGACAUAUUUGUUUUAUCGUAUCUUAUCUUAUCAGAUUUAACACAUGUACCGUUAAGUGGUAAACUUGAAAAUAUUCAGUAAGAUUUUAAUUUUCACUCAAGUAACACGUGCAUACAUCAAAUAUACAUUUAUGUGUGAAAUAGGUCAAUGUAAGGUCGAUAACUCUGUUUAUUCUAUUGGGUAGUCAACUAUAUACAAUGUAGAUACAUGUAAUUCUAAUUAAUUUCAAAUCAGAAUAGCAAAGGCAAACAGACGUUUUUUAAAUAAAACUAUUAUCAUCAAAGUC